GUGCCAUAAAGAUGGCGGAGUCGGAGGAGGAGGUGGACGUCUUGGUCCAGAGAGUUGUCAAAGACAUCACCAACGCCUUCAAGAGAAACCCCAACAUUGACGAGAUUGGCGUGAUCCCGUGUCCAGAGGCACGCUACAACCGCAGUCCCAUUUUGUUGGUGGAGAACAAGCUGGGUGUUGAGAGCUGGUGUGUCAAGUUCCUGCUGCCGUAUGUCCACAACAAGCUGCUGCUCUACCGCCAGCGCAAACACUGGCUGGAGAGGGAAGCUUUAGCGGACAUCACCUGCACUGUGUUGCUGCUUAACCCGGACUUCACCACCGCCUGGAAUGUCAGGAAGGAGCUAUUGCAGUGUGGAGUUCUUAACCCAGAGAAGGACCUCUACCUGGGCAAGCUCGCCCUCACCAAAUUUCCCAAGAGCCCAGAGACGUGGAUACACCGACGCUGGGUGCUGCAGCAGAUCCUGCGUCAGUUCUCUGCUGUGGGCCGCAGCGGGAAGCAUCAGCAGGAUGAAGCCGAGCAGGCUGACGCAGAGAGGAGCCAGCAGCUCAGUGAUCAUCUCUCCAGAACGCUCCAUCAAGAGAUGAAGGUAUGCUCUGAUGCUGCCUGCCGCUAUCCCAGCAACUACAAUGCCUGGUCCCACCGCAUCUGGGUAUUGCAGCACAUGGCCAAGGGCAAUGUCAAGGUUUUCCAUGAUGAGCUGUCCUCUAUGCGUCUGUGGGUGUCCAUGCAUGUGUCUGACCACAGUGGCUUCCACUACCGCCAGUUCCUGCUCAAGGAGCUGAUCACUGAGCUCUCCCAGACUCCAGCUUCCAUCACCAGUUCACCCCAGCACAGGUGCAGCACAGUCCCUAGCAGCAGUCCCCAGCAUCACAGCCACAGCCAGGCUAAUGGGGAGCUGUCAGGUGCAGAGGCAGCAGGUGAGGAGGAGAGGCAGCUCAACUACACUACAGUCCUUCAGCUCUUCCACCAGGAGAUAGAGCUGUGCUCAGACUUGAUCCAGUCUUUCCCCGGUCACGAGACACUCUGGAGUCACAGGCGGCAUGUCUUCUACUUGUGGCACCACUGGAGGAGGGAACACCAGCACCACUGCAGCAGCAACGGAGGCAGCAAUUCGGUCCACCUUAACAACAGUGACCCAGUCCUGCCAAACAUCGCUGUUCAAAGCUGUACAGGCAGGGGGGAGAGUGUGAACGGACAGAGGCAUGCUACUGAAGCUAUGGAAGUAGAUGGGGCGGCCUUGCCAGACCCACGUGACAGCAAGCGACUUAAGAGAGGAGUCCUGCUGCCCAGCCCCCCCGCCCUGCCCUCUGAGCACAGCUUCGUGAGCGGUAUCCUGGACAGCUGCUCUAGCCCCGAGCAGAGACGUUUUGCCCUGGCAUACAAGAAGUGGUUAGACACUGUCAUUGGUCAGCAGCCUUGAGAGAGGGAGAGGAACAGUAAGCCCCAUCAAUCUUUCUCAACAUUGAAGUUGCCUUUAGACACAGAUUUAGGAUCAGCUUACCUACCUGUAGUGCUGACUUUAACUAAUAGUGCUUCAGAUGCAGUGAUGACUUUAGAAAGCAGUCAUGGUUCAGCGUGGUAACCAUCCUGUUCUCCUGGCAGUGAGUAGAGAGGACGGGGUUUUAGAGUCAGGACAUUUUGACGACACCCAGUGUGUUCUUCGUCAGAAACAUCUGGAUUCUCUUGAGCUUCAUCUGAGCCAGUACCCCUUCAGAAUGGAAAUCUGCACACAUAUAAAGCCUGUAGGCUCACUAUGUGUCUGUUGGUAGAUUCUGCUCUUGUUUCAGGUGUCUCAAUGCCUCAGGUCAAAUUGCCACUGCUUUUUUUUAAUGCCAUUUUGGCAUUCUUCAGCACAUCUUCAUUUCUGAUCAAAUAUUUCAACAAAGAAACUAAAUGAAGCCGCCACAGGAGGAAGAACAAUGUCUUUGCAGAGGUGAGUCUGACUCACCAGAAAUCACAGGUUUUAUUACAAAAUGGCCAGUAUUGUAUACAUAAACAAGACAUUUGAUAAUAAUAUGAAAUAAAUAGUUGCGUGAAUAAAUAUAGUAGAAUAUAUAAAUGACCCAAUAAAUGGUGACGUAAUAAAUUAUCAAAACUCAGUUAAUUAUCAUGAAGUGUUAUGUCAUAAUUCUUAUUUGAACAAUAAAAGUUUUAUUCAGUUCAUUUUUUAUUUCAAAUUUCCUGUCAUUUCAAAAGUCUAUUUUCAUAAGUGAUAUCAGUCCCUCUAGGAUGUUUGCAAUGUUGUGAUCACAACAAUUGGCGCAAAUUCAGCCAGUCCCCAUGCAUUAUACACAACCUUGCAAUUUUGCCCAGUCACUGCAACUUUACUGCAAAUUUGACUGUUUAAACCAGAUAAAAUAUAAUUUCACUCUGAAGCUGCAUGGAGCUAAUCGAUUCGCUCAACCCCUCUCUGUUUAUCAUGAGACUGCUGCUGCAGGACCGGAGCUCUGUGCCUGGGACAGAGUCACACACACACACACACACACUGACAGGGCUAAUUGUUAGCGUAUCAUGGCUAACAUUACCCUUCAGUUAACAAGUUUAAUAACAGAACUGAACUGUCUCGGUGUCAGUGUGAGAUUAACGGCUCGGUGUCAGAUGUUAAUAGCUACUGCGGGUUUUCUGCCCAAUUGGCAGAAUAUGACAAGCAGAGAUGACUGUCAUUGUGCUGUAUUAGCACAUCACAGUGUCAGUCCAUUAGCGCUGUGUCGAACGGCAGAAAUCUGUUACAGUCGGCGACCCCGCACCAUCAUAAAUAGAUUCUAAUUCUGUGGGAAACAGUGAAUGCUCAUAAUAAUAAGCUCAGAAUCUGUGACAGCAUCACAACUAUUUUUGCAAUUUUUAUUUGGCCCUUUAAUUUCAGUGCAAAUAAACACCUGAAAACAUUGCAAUUGUUGCAAUGCAUCACAAUUUUUUUUUUUUUUUUUUACAAAAAGCUGCCAUAAAGUCAGACCUUUCAGGCCACAGCAAUCCCAAAAACAGCCAGAGAAAUCCUGGAGGGACUCUGAUAUGCUGAAAGCUGAGUGGGCGGGGAGUUGCGACAACAAUAAUGUCAUGAAAAGUGCCAUUAUUGAAUAAAAAUACAUUUAAAAGUGGCAUUUUCAGCUUUAAUGUAGGACAAAUUAUUUUCAGUACAAAUUGUUACUAUACAAGUGAGAAAUAUCAUGAUCAAUAAUGAUGAUAUUAUAAUUAUUAUUAUUAUUAUUAUUAUUAUUUUCGUUUUGUUUUUUUGGGGGGGGUUUUUUUGGUCCUUUUGGAGUUAGAGGUCUAGUGUGUAGGAUUUAGUGGCAUCUAGUGGUGAGGUUGCAGAUUGUAACCAACUGAAACGUCUCGUGUGGUAAGCGUCUAGGAGAACUAUGGUGGCCAAGGCGAAAAAGAGAAGUCACAGCGUCAUAUUGCGUCAUAUCAUAGGGGUACAACACAUGAGCAGUAAAGGCUGGUCUGCACUUACUGAAAGGCUCAAUAGCUGGCACUGUCAUAUAAUAUGGCAUUGGCCUUAGGUCGGAAUAUAUUUUAUACGAAAAGUUAAGAUACGGGUGAGAAUUACAAUUCUGCAAUCACUAAAAAGUCAUCCAGCCUAGUGUUCCCUAAGAACUUCUGUCAGGCCAAGCACACCAAAGGAGGCCAAUGACUCAUCUAUGCUCAACAUAAGAUAUGGAAACUGAUGCAGCCUUCUGUUUGUACUUUGCGUUCAUUUUGUCCGAGUGCACAUUUUCUGAAAGCUUACGAAUUGGAUGAAAUGAAGCAGUACCACUGGAGGUCUUGGAUUCAGUUGGUGUAGUUCAGAAGAUGAUAAAGAUACACACAGCACAUUUUAAAGUAACCAAAAUACAGCGAUAAGUGAUUAUACACCAAUGAAAACACAGUUAUGAAUAUUAUACAAUUUUUUUCUGAUAGAUCCUAAAUCCUACACACUGGACCUUUAAUUAAACCUUUUUAGAACAGAAUAGAAUGACACUGGCUUUGAUUAAAUGUCUUUCUGAUACAAUUGGAAUCCUUUUUUUCUAGCUGGACAUUCACUCCUUUUUAAAUGAAUGUGUUGAAAUUCACUCAGCUCUCACUUGUUGCAGUGGCAGGUUUAAGCACAGCCAAGCUCUUUUUUUUCUUUGAAGUUCCUUAGAUUUCCAUUCUGAAGGCAGUAACAUUUAUUAACCAUGUAAUUUUCUCUUUGUCUGUUCUUUUGUCGGUCCUUGGUUGCUGCUCUGCGGUCGAUUUUACUGGUGAAUAUUGUCACUAAGUCCUACCUAUGUAGCUAAAGUUACAGUAGCUUGCAUCAGAGAGCCAAAAAGCUAGUCAUUAGCUGAACAACAGCUUAUGUUUGCUUUGUGAAAAGCCAUGGUUAACUUGCAAGUCUUACCUUCUGCCAACCUGAAGCACUAAAUCUACAAGCAGAGAAACGUUAGCUUUACCAGUUUAGCGGUACGGAUGUUCGACUUUGAAGGAAAGAGUGCUAGGGAAGUGAGUCUCCCGGACAUUCACUGGUGCUACAUGCUGCCGUUUCUACAACUACUUCAUCUGUUACAGGUGUGUAGUGUGCAACAGGUGAAAACUGAACAGCACUUUGGACUAUUUGAUGAUAAUAGGCAAUCAUUGUUUUGUGGGGGUAUUAUUGCUAAACUAUUUUUUAAAUAUUGUCUGUUAUUUUGCACCAGGCUAGUUAACAGUAGUCCUAGCUGCUUUAUGUCACUACCUUAUACAAAAAUAGAGGUAACAUGGAAAAGGUCAAAGACUUCAUUUUCUCUUUGUGUUGAGGAAUAAUUUCUAGCACUCCUUUAAAAGUUGUAACAUGCUGUAUCUGCACAGUCCAUCCCUUCAGUAAUAUAGAGGAUGAAAAUGAUAGCUCCUCCCAUCACAUUGUAUCAUCUGUAUUGAUAAGGGAAGAAUAGUAUUCUUGAAUUUAAAACUAAUAAAUCUGAAGUUACCCUGUAUUCCAGAUAGUUGUGUAGAAAACAUAAUGGACUGCAGUUCGAAUAGGAUAUAUUGUUUUGUCUCCCAAGGAUGCUCUGGGUCAUUGUUACUAGUUGUUUAGCUUUGUCAGGACAGCAUCAGCACACAAGUGAACAAAUAAGUAAAGUUAGAUGGAUGAUGUUGUUCCAUCAGUGUAGCCAUGGACACAUUAGCAUUCACUAUAUGUACUAUGUGGUCAAAUCUAAAUGUGGCAGGAGCAUCGGCAUCCCAGGGGGCCCUUGAUGCAGUUUGGGUCCCAGCACAUCUGUAUAUAGAGGUUUUAGUGGAUUGCCUACAUUGGCUCAUUCUUGAAGACAAAACAGCGGCUUUGUGGAGAAAAAAAACACUGCAUUUGGUUUCAGUGGCCACUGUGCACAGGCUGGCUAGCCAAAAUCGCCUACAGUCCCCAUCACACUGUCUCCAUGUGCUUCCAUGUAACCCUUACCACGUUGUACUUAGCUUCUUUUAGAAACUACAAUGUAAGAGUUAUGAAGUAAGAUGCUUUAUCACCUCAAAUCACUGUGUACAUGAUCAUAGAUAAUCUUGAAACUAGUCUUUUUGAGCCAUGUAUUCUUUAGGUUUGUUCAUCGAGAACGGGUGCAUAUCAGAACUGUAUGGUGGGGGGAUUUUAACAACCUUGCAGACCUAGAACACAAACUUUGAAUACAAGACUAUCUAUGCAGAAAUGUUUUUUUAAAGGUUCAACAAGCUUUUAAAAAGAAUAAUGUAGCUUCUGUUUUUCUAAUUUAUUCUUCAGUUUACUUCAGUGGAGGGUAUGUCCUUCAUGAAUAAUCCCUAGCAUCUCAUUAAUUUUCUAUUUAUUUAUAGAGUUAAAGUCUUUUGUCUUCACUUUAAGUGUUUUGUCAUCUGCUUACCGAGAAAUAAAGCUCAUCUGGGAUAAAGGUU